GUCGGGCGCGUGCACCUCUGCUCGGGACGGAACCCCUCUCUCGCAGCUGCUGUCGCUCCUCAGAGCUCAUCUCUGCGCCGUCAGGAGUGGAUCGCGUGCGCCUCGCUGCCUGCUAGGAUAUAACGGACUUAAUUCAUCCUCCCCUAAAGUGUACACAAUCUGUUGCUUCUGCUUACGCCCGUUUAGCGGAUGAGGACACGUGUGUUUUGUGAGGACACAAACUUGUGAGUCCCUCCACCCAGCCGUCCCUACCUCCGCCGGGGUUCAUGUGUUUUAUGUGUUUGCGCUCCACAGUGAGGUAGACCUGAUCGGGCUGAUUUUCCGGAGAUUUAUUCAGUGGAUGCGGCCGUCGGGGUCGAUGUCUGCGCCCUGCAGGAUCAGCCUGUCAUAGGGCGCCGUGAUGCUUCUGGUUCUUCGCAAGAGGAUGAGGAUAAUUUCGCCGGAGAUGCUGCUUUUGGUGCCAAUGUUGUGGUUUCUACCCCUGACCGGAGCGGCUCCCUCUCUGACCACCGAGCAGCUGGACACGGGGGUGGACUGGCUGAGUAGGUUUGGCUACCUCCCUCCUCCUGACCCAGUGACCGGCCAGCUGCAGACCAAAGAGGCCCUGACCAAGGCCAUCAAAGCCAUGCAGAAGUUUGGAGGGCUGAAGGAGACCGGAGUCUUGGACCAAGCCACUUUGGGACUAAUGAAACUGCCGAGAUGUUCUCUGCCAGAUGUGUCUCAGGCUGAGGGGGCGAAGCGUAGGAGAAGCUUGACUCCUCAGAACAAAUGGAACAAGCGGCAUCUUUCCUGGAGAGUGAAGACGUACCCGAAGGACUCUGCCUUACUGGGUAGAGACACGGUUCGCGCCCUCAUGUACUACGCGCUGAAGGUCUGGAGCGACAUCACACCUCUGAACUUCCACGAGGUGGCCGGCAGCGACGCAGACAUUCAGAUCGACUUCACUAAGGCAGAUCACAAUGAUGGUUACCCCUUCGACGGACCUGGUGGAACAGUGGCUCACGCAUUUUUUCCUGGUGAGAGGUUCACAGCCGGGGACACUCACUUUGAUGACGACGAGGCCUGGACCUUCAGGUCACCAGACUCUCACGGGAUGGAUCUGUUUGCGGUCGCAGUCCACGAGUUUGGUCAUGCCAUUGGUCUGGUCCACACCUCAGCCAUGGAGUCCAUCAUGAGACCAUACUACCAAGGUCCCGUAGGAGACCCUCUGAAAUACGAUCUACCCUACGAAGAUAAAGUUCGAGUUUGGCAGCUCUACGGUGUCAGAGACUCUGUGUCUCACACAAAUCAACCAGGCCGCCCAUCUCAGACGCCUGAGCCUCCUGUCCUGCUUGAUCUUCCUGAAAACAGAUCCACUAUCCUGCUGGCUCGAGAUGGCCCAGACAGAUGCACGAGUCACUUCGAUGCAGUGGCCCAGAUACGAGGGGAAGCCUUCUUUUUCAAAGGAAAAUAUUUCUGGCGACUAACCAGAGAGAAGCACCUGGUGUCUCUGCGACCUGCUCAGAUCCAUCGAUUCUGGAGGGGACUUCCGACCAACCUGGACAGCAUUGAUGCCGUAUAUGAGCGCCCCGGAGACCAUAAAAUUGUGUUCUUUAAAGGUCUAAAGUAUUGGGUGUUCAAAGACAACAUAGUGGAGGAAGGUUACCCCCGUCCAAUCAGUGACUUUGGCCUACCCACGGAGGGUGUGGAUGCAGCUUUCGUUUGGCUACACAACGAUAAAACCUACUUCUUUAAGGACAAACACUUCUGGCGCUAUGAUGACCAUCUGAGACGCAUGGACCUGGGUUACCCCAAGGAAAGCAUCCUCUGGAAGGGGCUGCCGGCCCAACUGGACGACGCCAUGAGGUGGUCUGAUGGCUCGUCCUAUUUCUUCAAGGGGAAGGAGUACUGGCGAGUGCCUGGCAGCGACAUGGAGGUGGAGGCAGGAUACCCCCGCCUCAUCGCCAAGGACUGGCUGCGCUGCACUGAGAUGCAGUCGGACUCUCCGGACUCAGAAACCAAAAGCACGGAGACGAGGGUCAACGAGCAUCACCACCCGGACCACGCGGAGAACGGGUUUGAGGUGUGCUCCUGCACCUCAGACACAGCCUCACCUUUGGGGACACAUCUCUCCACUUCCCCCAUCUGGCUUCUGAUGCCUCUCUGGACGCUGUUACUGACCCUCUGCUCUGAACUGCUAUGAUGCUGAAGCAUGGGAUGAAGUUCUACAAACUGGGAAAUCCAACUGGAAAAUGUUAUUAUACCAUUUUUGUAAUCUUUUGCUCAGAUGUUAAAGUUAUUUAUUUACCAUGCCAUUUUGGAGGGGAACAAAGGUACAUCCAAGUUUAAUGUGUUAUCCUUUCUUUUUUAUAUGUUUCUUUAGAAAUUAUAAAACUGCCUCCUCUCUGAAAAACAAAAACUUUUAUUUAAUAAGAAAUAUUUUCCAAAAGCAGAAUUUGAUUUUUUUUCUUCUACAGCAGAUCUACAGCAGCAAACCUCCACAAACGCACUAGUCAUGUUCAAGUCAGCAGUUUCAAAAGUAAACAGUGACAUUUACACAGACGCCAGAGAAGAUGCUUUAUUACAGGUCAAAGAAAACUGUUCAUAAUCCAAUAUAUAUAUAUACUAGCACAUUAAUGGAAGUACCUUUUUUAACUGUAGUGUUUUUUUUUUUUUGUUUUUUUUUUUGCAAAACUACCCAAUUGGUUAAUCUGGAAAAUAGAUUUUUUUAAAGUCUUUUUUUAACAAAUAUCACUUUUCUCAACAUACAUGGGUAGAAAAGGGUCAGUUGUUUGGUUUUCUGUCAUUGUUUAUUAACCCAAACUACAAUGAAAAUUUCAACUUCUGACUCUUGAAGAAUCCUGGAAAAAUGUGUAAAUAUGUGACCUCCCCCCCUAAAAAAUCCAAACUAACAUACAAAUCAAUGUUAAUAUACAGUUGCAUAGUAGGAAGGCAGUUUUAGUCCAGUUUUAAGGAAUUGAACAUUUGUAAAAUGAAACAAUAUUGAAGAAUUUCCAUUUUAAAGUCAGAGUGUUGUUAAAAUAUUUCAGGAAUAUAAGUUAAAAUGAAAGAAAAAGUUGAAAUAAUUUGAAAAAAAAAAGCAAAAUGUCUAUAAAGGUAUAGAUAUGUAAUUGAAUUAUCAACAAAUUUUGUAAAGUUUCCAGACUCAACUUAAAAUAUUGAGAAAUAAGUGGGAAUAUUUCCAAAAUAAAGUCAAAAUGUUGAGGGGGGGGGGGGGGGGGAAAGUUGAAAUAGAGGAUCAUUUACAGAGUCGCCCAUGGAAGCAAACCCUUAGUGACCUGUUCUUGUAACUGGGUGGUUUUGACUGGAUAAAUCACAAAAUAAAAAAAUUAUUCAUUAUUUCUGCUUUUUUAUAGAAGCUGAUUUUCUUCCAGUUCUUUCAGCUUCAUUUAGAUUUAAUCUCAACAUUUUGGCGGUAAUCUCAGACCUGGGAAACAAUGAAGUCCUUUCCUUCAUUUUCUUUCUGUGUGACUGAAUUCUGAAGGACACCCAUCAUAAACAUUUAGGAGUUUAAGCCAAGUGCAGAAAGGUACCUUUUCCACAUCUUCACAAGAGCAGCCAAUAAAGUGAAUUAGAACAAUAAGGCUCAUGAAGCACAGAAAAACUCCGGCACUCCUGCUGCAAGGCCAGAGAGGGUGCAGAGAGGCAUAACAAACAAGGUCUGGAAAUCAUCCAGGGUACCAGGGGCGCUGCUUGGAAUUAAAACUAAUAUCCCUCCUACUGUGGGCACCAGUUUCUAUUUAGGCCUCAAAAACAGAGAAAUCAGAUCUAGCUACACAAACAGAGAUCAGCAGACAGGUGUUUUAAUAAAUCCCACAGUCCUCAUAAACAUAUGUCUAUAAGUCCUUAAACGCUUAUGAUGAGCAGGGGGGAAGGUGGAUGGACCAGUUUUCUUACCUAAAUCUGUUGGUUCUGAUCCAAAAGGAGGACCUGCUGUUCAUCUGCUGGCUGUGAGCGCUUCUAACAUGUUCCCUGCUGUCAAACCAAGGUUGAUAUUUUUGUUUACUUUUAUCACCUCCAGCUACAUCCUCAUCCUCCCCGGCCUUGGAUUUAUUAUCGCUGUAAAGAGAUAUUUACCUUUAAACUUAUAUAUUUGAUCUGAAAGGUUUUGCAGUUAUUGCACCCGGUGGACCGUGUUUAUUUUACGCUGUGUUUUUAAUGUAUAAUAUUUUUGUAGAAAAUUAAAAAACACGUAUGAAUGA